AGGCUUUUCUUCUCCGCCUCUGGCCGGCCGGUGCGGCCCCGCAUGCGGCCGCGCCUCGGGCUGCUGCUGGCCGGCUGCCUGCUGGGCCUCGGGCGGCCAGGCGGCGAGGCGGUGCCCGCCGCCGGCGGCGGGGCGGCGGUGGAGCAGCCGCCGCCGGGCGGCUGGCGGUUUCCCUAUCCGCCGGACACGCGUCCCAAUGGGUGCGAUGACAAGCAGAUCCACGACGGCGUGAGCGUGAGCCCACCGUCGGAUCCCGCCGAGUUCUCCAGCCACACCGUUUCCGUGGUGAUUCCGUGGCUGAACGAGACGUGGCAGCACCUGGAGGGGACGUUGGCGGCCCUGCUCCACUUCACGCCGGACGUGCUGCUGGAGGAGGUCAUCUUCAUAUCGGACGGCAACGAAGACUCCAAGGAGGAGGAGCUCAUGAGGCUGUCCAGCAAGGUGAGGGUGAUUGCGCUCCCCAGUAGAGAGGGCCUCAUCCGAGCGAAGAUGAUCGGCGUGGAUGCCGCAAAGGCUCCAGUGAUUGUCUUCCUGGAGGCACACUGCAUCGUGAACCGCGACUGGCUUCCGCCCCUUCUGACCAGGGUCAAGGCGAACCCACACGUACUCGCAAUGCCUUUCAUCGACUACAUCUCGCCCGCGGAUUGGUCCGUCUACCGCAAGGGCGGGACUGGGCAUUGGCGCUACGAGUGGAACUUCAAUCUGAUCUACUCCAACCCAGGUGGUUUCCUCCGCGACACCGCCGAGGUCAUUAUAAGUCCUGGCACGUCCGGGGGCAUCUUUGCCAUUCGGGCCGACUGGUUCCGAAAGCUACGCCUCUUCGACCCCGGGAUGCAGCAGUGGGGCGGCGACCACUUCGAGCUCACCAUGAAGGUGUGGCGAUGCGGGGGGCGCAUCGAGAUAGUCCCUUGCUCGAGGAUAGGUCACGUGUUUCGCACGCCGCAGGAGAGGCCCUACGCGGUGGAGAUUCUUCAGGUGGUCCGCAACUACGCCAGGCUCUCGCGCAUCUGGACGCAGGACCACCUUGAGUAUCGAAGGUGAAGAACGAGGCCAGGUCCAUGACCUUCCUGGACAUGGAACCCCUAAGAGAGGCGCACGCGGAGCUGGUGAGGGAUCUGGGGUGCAAGGAUCAGACUGGAUUUUUAAAUAAUCGGAUUAGACUUCGGAGGCAGUAGUGGUGAUGUAGAGUUUGCCCGAUGCCGAUGUAAUUUAGUUUUGGAAUUUGGGCGUGAUUUCGAAGGACAUGACCUGGUACCUGGAGAACGUCGACCACGAGAUGCACUGGGAGAUGGACAAGAUCUGCGUGCCGGGCGCCCCGAACGCCUGGAACGGGUGUUCUGGCCCCCCGAUCCCGGGGCGCGCCACUGUAACCGCGUCAUGCCGAGGCAGGAGUUCGUGGCCGCUCGGGUGACUGCAGCCGUGCGGAGGGCCAGAGAGAAGCGAAGGAACGACUCCUCGGGCACCGUCGACCAACGGCGCGUGGAGCCCCGCGCCGUGGACUUGCAGUUCGUCAGGCCGACCCUCGACGUCGAGAUGAACCCGUAGCCCUCUCCUGGAGGGAGGAGACGCGACACCACUCCAGACCGCCCAUGGGGUCGGAGGAUGGCGCCACAUAUCUGAUGCAUCACCAGGGACGCCACCACCACCCGCCACGGUGCCUUCCCGAGCCGAAGGUCGGGAAUGCCUCGAGCGAGACGCCGCAAGGCAAACGGGGGGCCACGCCACCAGGGUUGGGGCCCUGCCUGGCUCUCGCCUCACGGCGGCGGUGGCGUCGUCUCUCCCUGCUCCCCUUCCCCCGCUGGUUCCGCUCCGGAUGGGCCAGCGUGAAGGACGAAACGGGAGUUGGGAAGGAAGGGGUCCUGGAGGUGCUUCGAGGAACGGCUCGGGACGAAGAGCCCGUCCGGGAUCCCCAGGGCCCAGGACCCGUUUCCUCCAGGAUCCGUGUCCCUCGUCCCGCCGACCAGGACGCUCUUGGAGAGAUCUGAUUGCUCGGUGGCGUCAGGUGUCCCCAGGGCGAGGAAGCGCCGUGCCGAGUAGAGUACGGAACGGCGCCUUGCCCCUGCGCAUCUGGUUUGCGUUUACCGCGCUGUCAUUUCAAGGCUGCAGCGCAGAUGCGCACCGGACGAAGUCUAAAUGACUCACUGGGGUGGAUGGACAAGCGCCGCCUGCAUCACUACCCGCAGUGCCAGGCAUGCCACUCCCACUGCCAGCGGGCAUCCCAAAAAAGC